UCCCCGUUUUCUAACAAAAUAAAUGGACCGAAGGGAGCAGGCCUCUCUUCAGGAGUUGAGAGUGAAGAGUGAAUCACGGCCACCCUUCUUCUGGUGUGCAAGCAGCCCGAUUCAUCCUUGCAUUCCAGCAGUGCGCUAUGAACAGAGGCAUUGGUCGAGGCAAGGGCUCGUAUUCUACCCAUUCAAGACGUAACUGGUCCAGCGCUAAUCAAGGUUUUUCUAACCCGCCUCUUGCCCCACAAGGAAAUAAACGGGACAUCUUUCUAAACCAGCAGAGGCAAUUCCUAACAGGCCAGGUCACUGAAGCUCCUGUCUACUUACUUCAGGGACAGAGAUUGCUCUGUGAACCACACGCCGGAGGCUUGCAAGCUGUGGCACUGGUUUCUACAGAGAGAUGGCAAGUCAGCUGCAACGAAACAAGAUGGCCUAGAGCCUCCAAAAAGAGCCAGUGUGUAGGAACUUUACCACGUUACUGCCCUCCUCAGUACCGCUGUCAGAACUCAGAAGGAGAUUCUGACACCAUCAGGCUGAAUUUCCAGAGACUAUCUCUUGCUGGGCAAAGUCGUGAAGAAGAAAUUCUGACUAUUUUCAGGCAGCUUGGGAAGGGGAAGACUUGUACAGUUUAUGAUCUUGUACGUAAACUUAAAACUCAAAAGAAAGAAGUCAAUCGUGUUUUGUAUAAACUGCUCAGAGAAGGCAAGCUGCACAAAGGUGAAGAAACGCCGCCGCUGUGGAGGAUUGCCUACCCAGUUGCAGGGAGAGAAAGAAGCCCUGCUGACCACAGGGUUUGUCAUACAGCUCCAACUUUUGAGAUCAAAGGAGAAGAAAGCAGAGCAGGUGGCUCAGGAGACAUUGAUCCCAUAAUGGCUGAGACUAAGGAUAAAAUCUGCAACUAUUUGUUCAGUGUAGCAGACACAACAGCACUCAACCUUGCCAAAAACAUUGGGUUUUCGAGGGCCAAGGAUGUUAAUGCCUUUCUUGGUGCUCUGGAAAAGCUGGGAGAUGUCCACAAACAGAACACAAGCCCCCCACGAUGGUCUCUUACAGAGAGGAAGCGCGAACGGAUGCAGAUGAGGUUGAAGGCCAAUGCAGUAACGAAAACAGCAGAUCCCACGCCAGAGUCAGAUUUUCCACCUUCCUCUAUUCCUCCCGAACCACAGGAGAUGACGGUAGCUUCACCAGCAGGAACAACAUCAGAAGAAAGUAUGGAAAAUGGACAGCAGUCAUUGGGGCAAACUGAUCACAGUGAUGCCAGUGACACGGAAGCAGCCUUGCCUGAGGGCACGUCCGAAUUCUCCAGCUUCAUUAACUAUGAUAAUUCUGAAAACGGCAAGUGGGCCACAGAUGACAUCCCAGAUAACUUGAAUGCUAUCAACAAACAGCCUGAUGAGUCAAGAUGUAUCAUGAAUUCUCCCUCUUCCCCGAGUUACACCGCCCAGUUUGAAACCGCUUUCCCUUGUACACCCAUAGAUAAACUGAUUGCUUGUCAGGAGAAGAACCCAGUGAGUGGCCUUACUGAAUAUUCCCAGUACACUUACCAACACUGUGAGUUUGCCAUGCUGGAGCAGAGUGGACCCUCUCAUGAGCCACGAUUUAAGUUCCAGGCGGUGAUUAAUGGGCGCCGAUUCCCACCAGCAGAAGCAGGUAGCAAAAAACUGGCUAAGCAGGAGGCAGCAGCUAAUGCUAUGAAGAUCCUGAUGAACGAAGCAGAGGAUGGAAGACAUGGUAGAAUUAAAUGUGAAGAGCCGUUUCCCUCAGACAAUUCUGAAUCAGAAUUGCCUUUGCACCCAGAACCAGAGUUGCCAUCUGUGCCAGCUCAUCUGAACCUGCUUCCUGGGAAGAACCCUGUCAGCAUAUUAAUGGAAUACGGACAAAAAUCGGGAAACAUGAUUGAAUUCCAGCUACUCUCUCAGGAAGGCCCACCUCAUGAUCCAAAGUUCAGCUACUGUGUGAAAAUGGGUGACCAGAUUUUCCCUGCUGUGGUAGGCAACAGCAAGAAGGGAGCAAAGCAGAUGGCGGCAGAAGUUGCUGUGAAGAUUCUUUCUGGAGAGUCUGGACUGCAUGUCUUGCCUGAACAGCCUAUCAAGGAGUCCCAGGGUGACCCGUCCGUGGAAAAUUGUGGAGCACGGAUCGCCGCUCCAGAUGAAUCCAAGGCAGCGAAAGCCAAGGGUGUUGGGGAGCUCAUCAGAUACCUUAAUGUCAAUCCUGUCAGUGGCCUGCUGGAAUACUCCCGCACCAAUGGGUUUGCUGCAGAGUUCAAACUCAUUGACCAGUCAGGACCUCCCCAUGACCCAAAGUUCAUCUAUCAGGCGAAGGUUGGAGGCCGUUGGUUCCCAGCUGUAACUGCACACAGCAAAAAACAGGGCAAGCAGGAGGCAGCUGAUGCAGCCCUCAGAGUCCUGAUUGGGGAAACAGAGAAGGCUGAGCGCAUGGAAGGGAUGAACAUUGCAGAGCUCCCUGUAAGUGGCAGUACCCUACAUGAUCAGAUGGCUAUGCUGAGUCACCAGCGCUUCAAUGCCCUCACUGCUCGCAUCCAACACAGUCUGCUUGGACGGAAGAUCCUGGCUGCCAUCAUCAUGAGACGAGGAAGCAAAGGCCUGGGAGUUGUGGUUAGCAUUGGAACAGGUAACCGCUGUGUGAAAGGAGAAGAGCUGAGCUUAAAGGGGGAAACAGUGAAUGACUGUCAUGCAGAAAUCAUUUCUCGAAGAGGCUUUGUGAGGUUUCUAUAUAGCGAGCUGAUGAAGUAUGACCCAUCUCAUCCUUCCUCUGCAGAAGAGAGCAUUUUUGAGCCAGCAGGAGAGAAGAGACUCAGAAUAAAGAGCAAUAUUACCUUUCAUCUCUAUGUCAGCACGGCACCUUGUGGAGACGGGGCACUUUUUGAUAAAUCCUGCAGCGAUCAGGCAAGCACGAUAGGGGAAGCCCAACAUCAGCCUCUCUUUGAGAACCCCAAACAAGGCAAGCUGCGCACGAAGGUGGAGAAUGGGGAAGGUACCAUUCCUGUGGAAUCGAGUGACAUUGUGCCAACGUGGGAUGGGAUCCAGCAUGGGGAGAGGUUGCGCACCAUGUCCUGCAGUGACAAAAUCUUACGCUGGAAUAUACUCGGCUUGCAAGGGGCAUUGCUAUCACAUUUCAUAGAGCCAGUUUACCUCAGCUCUGUUACGCUUGGCUACUUGUACAGUCAGGGUCAUUUGACACGUGCAAUCUGCUGUCGCAUGGCAAGAGAUGGGAACACGUUGAAGACAAAGCUCCAGGCUCCGUAUCACAUUAACCAUCCUGAGGUUGGGAGAGUCAGCGUGUAUGACUCUGCCAGGCAGACAGGCAAGACCAAGGAGUCUUCAGUGAAUUGGUGUCUUGCUGAUGAAAGUGAAGUUGAAGUUUUGGAUGGCACAAAAGGAAAAGUAGAUGGACCGAAGCUGGAGGCGUCUCGUGUGUCCAAGAGGAAAAUGUUUGCCCUGUUCCAGCAGUUAUGUGCCAAGAACAACUGCAAAGACCUGCAGACCCUCUCUGUGUACUCAGAUGCUAAGGAGGCAGCCACGGCAUACCAAGAAGCCAAGCAGUACUUCUUCAAAGCACUAGAAGAGAUGGGCUAUGGCAGCUGGAUCCGCAAACCCCAAGAGGAAGAUAAUUUCUCUUUCUCAAAUGCAUAGCAUGCCGCCCUGUGGGUGGGUGUGUGUGUGUGCAGAGGUGUGCGGGUGGGUAAGCGUGUGCAUCCAUCUUUCACUACCACCUUUUUCAAACAGAGGAGUAUGCAGCAGUUUCCCCUUUAGUCCUUCUGACUGCCUUCCGGAGAACCCGUGUCUGGUGAUGCUGGAGCAGUUCUUGCUACUUUGAGACCUUGGCCUUUCCUUUUUAAAAUGUGCAUGGAAAUCAUCAUGUCUUUUUUUAAUCUAGAGCAGACUCAAUCGUCUUUUGCUUU